AUGAGCGUUCACAAUACGAGGCUUGGAGGCUUGGAAGAAGCACUAAAUGAGACUGGUCGGCCAAUAUCAUUUGCGGACUGGAGCUUGGACGGAGGCUUUGCGUUGAGGCUGUACGGGAUCGGCAAGGCUGUGACUGUGGGCCAUUUUACCCUUGUAUCCUCUGCCAAAAAGGCAUCCCGGACACCGUUUGUGGCUUAG